CGGCUGCCUCCUCCCUCGGCAAGUUAAGCAGCCCCCUUGCGCAAUUUGAUGAAUAGAAUCACUGUCGAAAGCGCUCGGAGGGGGACGUCCUCGUCGGAGUUGGCCGUGACGAAGACAAGAAGUCGAGCUUUCGCGACGCUGCCUCCGCUCAGUUCCUGCAGUUCUUCUGCUGUCCGGUACUUUCUCGUCAGACUCCGGACUCGUUGAGUCCUUUCGGCGGAAAGCCCUGAAGACCACAACAUGUCGCGUUUGAGAGCGGCUCCGCAACUCUGACCGAGGAUUCCGAGAUUAUAAUUUUUGUUUUUGUUUCUUUUUUUUAAAUUCCCAGUUUGUUUAAGUUCUCGAGAAGAGAGGAAAAGGCUGCGUCUCGUUAAGGAGGCCGGGUCAAACAUGGUGAACAGCCAAAUGUCCGGCGUGCCGGCGGCCCCCAGGACCUGCGCGGGAUGCGGGGGGAAGAUCUCGGAUCGCUUUCUGCUCUUCUCCAUGGAGCGCUACUGGCACACGUGCUGCCUCAAAUGCUCCUGUUGCCAGGCCCAGCUGGGGGACAUAGGCACCACCUGCUACAGCAAAGGGGGCAUGAUUCUGUGCCGCAGCGACUACAUCAGACUGUUUGGGCACAGCGGGGCGUGUAGUGCUUGCGGCCAGUCGAUCCCGGCGAACGAAAUGGUGAUGAGGGCGCAGGGAAAUGUUUACCACCUGAAGUGUUUCACCUGUGCCACCUGCAGAAACAGACUGAUGCCCGGGGACCGCUUCCACUACGUCAACGGUACCAUCUUUUGCGAGCACGACAGGCCGGGCGCUGCCUUGCUCAACAGCCACCUGCUUCCACUUCAGAGCGGCUCUGUGCUGACUGACCAGAAGGUAUGCUGAGUGCUCAGAGUGACAGCAUUUCCUUCCCAGUCUUCACUUCCCAUCAGUGCAUUCCUGCCUCUCUUUUUUUUAUUUUUUGUCU